CGAAACUAGGAAGAAACUUGGAGCUUCCGAGGCGCAAGCCGCCUGUCGCCACCACUGCUACUGCUGUGCCCAGUGGCGGGGCUGAGCUGAGCUGUCGGGAGGCCUGGCCAUGGGGCAGUCCGAGCCUUCCGUGGUGUGAGGCGCGGGCCCUCCCGCGUGUCCCCUGACAGACUGCGGGCGGGCAGGCGGGAGGCGUCGUCUCAGCCGCGGUCGCGGCCACCGCCGCUGGCCGGGCUCCGGCAUCAUGAACAUAGACGUGGAGUUCCACAUCCGCCACAACUAUCCUUGGAGCAAACUGCCGGCCAACGUGAGGCAGAGUCUUGGAAAUUCACAGAGAGAAUAUGACAAGCAAGUUGUCCUGUACAGUAUCCGCAAUCAGUUACGAUAUAGAAAUAACUUAGUUAAACAUGUCAAGAAAGAUGAACGGAAAUACUAUGAGGAGCUACUGAAGUAUAGUCGUGAUCAUCUCAUGCUGUACCCUUACCAUCUAUCGGAUAUCAUGGUGAAGGGCCUGAGGAUCACACCCUUUUCCUACUACACUGGGAUCAUGGAGGACAUUAUGAACAGUGAGAAAAGUUAUGACUCAUUGCCCAAUUUUACUGCUGCUGACUGUCUAAGGCUUCUUGGCAUAGGAAGAAACCAGUAUAUUGAUCUUAUGAAUCAGUGUAGGUCAUCAAAAAAAUUUUUCAGAAGGAAAACGGCUCGUGAUCUUCUACCAAUAAAGCCGGUGGAAAUUGCCAUUGAGGCGUGGUGGGUGGUGCAGUCUGGAUAUAUCACAGAAGAUGACAUCAAGAUAUGCACUUUGCCUGAGAAAUGCGCUAUUGAUAAGAUCAUCGAUUCAGGCCCUCAACUCUCUGGAUCACUAGAUUACAAUAUAGUACAUAGUUUAUAUAAUAAAGGAUUUAUUUAUCUGGAUGUACCAAUAUCUGAUGACAGUUGUAUAGCAGUUCCUCCCCUUGAAGGCUUUGUGAUGAAUCGAGUGCAGGGUGAUUAUUUUGAAACUCUACUCUAUAAAAUAUUUGUUUCAAUAGACGAGCACACUAACGUUGCAGAGCUUGCCAAUGUCCUUGAGAUAGACUUGUCUCUAGUUAAGAAUGCUGUUUCAAUGUAUUGCCGGUUAGGUUUUGCCCAUAAGAAAGGACAAGUAAUAAAUCUGGAUCAGCUUCAUUCAUCGUGGAAGAAUGUUCCAUCUGUAAACAGAUUAAAGAGUACUUUAGAUCCACAGAAGAUGCUCUUAUCAUGGGAUGGUGGGGAGAGUAGGAGUCCUGUGCAAGAAGCUUCUUCGGCGACUGACACAGAUACAAAUAGUCAAGAAGACCCAGCUGAUACAGCCAGUAUAAGCAGUUUGAGUCUGUCUGCAGGAUAUACAAAGCGUAUUGCGUUCCUAUUUGACUCAACUCUUACUGCCUUCUUAAUGAUGGGAAAUCUUUCACCAAACUUGAAAAGUCAUGCAGUCACAAUGUUUGAAGUAGGCAAACUCUCAGAUGAGUCGCUAGACAGCUUUCUUAUAGAACUAGAAAAGGUUCAGAGCACUGGUGAAGGAGAAGCACAGAGAUACUUUGAUCAUGCACUUACUCUGAGAAAUACAAUACUAUUUCUGCGUCAUAAUAAAGAUUUAGUUGCACAAACUGCUCAGCCAGACCAACCCAAUUAUGGUUUUCCUCUGGAUCUCUUACGCUGUGAAAGCCUUCUUGGUUUGGAUCCUGCAACUUGCAGCAGAGUUCUAAACAAAAAUUACACACUGCUGGUCUCUAUGGCUCCUCUCACCAACGAAAUCCGCCCCAUCAGCAGCUGUACCCCUCAGCAUAUCGGACCAGCUAUUCCAGAAGUCAGUUCUGUUUGGUUCAAACUGUAUAUUUACCACAUCACUGGGCAAGGACCACCAUCUCUUUUACUAUCAAAAGGUACAAGACUUCGAAAACUGCCAGACAUAUUCCAGGGUUAUGAUCGAUUGCUCAUAACAUCUUGGGGUCAUGAUCCUGGUGUAGUUCCUACAUCAAAUGUGCUGACGAUGUUGAAUGAUGCUUUAACACAUUCUGCGGUUUUAAUUCAGGGACAUGGUUUGUAUGCGAUAGGUGAAACUGUCCAUGUGCCGUUUCCAUUUGAUGAAACAGAAUUACAAGGAGAGUUUUCUCGUAUCAGCAUGGGUGUUCAUAAAGCAUUGCAAACAUUAAGGAACAAAGUGGACUUGCAGCAUUUCUGUGGCUAUGUCACCAUGUUGAAUGCUUCUAGCCAACUUGCAAGUAGAAAACUCAGUGAUGCUUCUGAUGAGAAAGGAGAACCUGAUUUGGCAUCUGGCUCGGAUGUAAAUGGAAGUACAGAGUCAUUUGAAAUGGUCAUUGAAGAAGCAACUGUAGAUCCAGCAACAAAACAAAACUCUGGUGCCACUACCGAAGCAGAGUGGGUUCCUCUAGAGCUGUGCUUUGGAAUUCCACUGUUCAGUUCUGAAUUAAACCAGAAAGUUUGUAGGAAAAUCGCUACUCAUGGCCUUUGCAGAAAAGAGAGCCUUCAAAACCUCCUACAUUCCAGCAGAAAACUGUCUCUACAAGUCCUUAACUUUGUUCACUCAUUCCAGGAAGGUGCUUCAACACUGGAUAUUCACACAGAGCCCAGCUUCUCAAGUUUUCUUUCACAGUCAUCUUAUGCUGAUACAGGAGUUCCACUUCCUGCGAAAAACUUAGUAUUUAAAGAUGGCAUCUUAUCAGAAUGGAGUGGACGGUCACCUUCCUCACUGCGUAUUGCCAAUCUCCACCUGUAGUAAUUUGGUUACACCAUUUGUUGCUCUCACAUUCUGCCUUUUUCCUUUCAUAAUGUUAGCUUUAUAGUGUCAGCCGCUAAAAAGCCUCCUGCUGCUGCAGUGCAAUUCUUGUUUCACUGAUACUCGGAGUUUGGGGAACAUGUUCAUUAUUGCACAUCUUACUGCAACAAAGUGCUUUUUAGCAGCCAGCACUGUAUUUUUUACCUUGAGACAAUCUGCAUUUCUUUUGUAAAACUAAGAAUAUACUUUAUAGGCUUUAUGAUGACUGUUAUGUUUUUAAGCAGUCACUAUGAAUAUUGCGAUGGUGAUUUUAUAUGUUAGUUUAUCACACAUAAAUCUUGUUUAAUUUUAUAUUUUGUUACCUACACUUUAGGGGAUCAAGGAAAGAGAUGGAACACUUCCUCUGCAAAGUCUUCUCAUAGUAAAACUGUGUAACAGUGAACACCCAGUAUUGAGAGAUCAUGUGAUAGGGCAUUAAGAGUUUCUGUGGAUGUCUGUAAAUGAUGUAAAUUAACCAAACAUUGUUGAAGGUCUGUAAAUUGGCAUAGUUAUGUAUAUCUUAACCUGGAUUUAUAAGGUCUGAACUCAGACUAUGACUAUUCAUUAACAUCUCAUGAGAUAAGCUUUGGAAAACAUUCUAUUUUUAAACAGUGUUUGUAUGUGGACUUCUGUUGUCACUCACUCUGGGCUUUAUAUUUUCAUACAGUCUUUAUGGAAAAAUAGAACUUAUUUUCCACUCGUAGCUGAGGCUGCUGCAUAUUUUUACCCUGACUUUUUCUUUGUUUUGUUUUGUUCUGUUUUGUGGCUUUACCAGUGAAAUUGUUACAGAAUUGAAUUUAAUGUUUUCAAACCAAGGGUUGUGAUUUUAGAUUAGAGUUACAUAUUAAAAGCAUUAAGGCUAUGUGUUCAGAUCAGAAUACUUCUGUGAAUAACCUACUUUGAAGACAUAUUCUUAAGCCAUCUGCAUCUUAAAUUUAUGUUAAUAGUUUUGGAGGGAGUAAAGAAAAUGAGUAAUUUCAAAGUUUUCUUGAGUCAUUGAUGCUUUUAGUAUCUCAAAUGUUAAUUAAAGUGAUUGAACUCACUUUGUAAACUUUUCAGAUUACCUUCCUUGGGAAGUUUGUGCGUCAUUAUAGUUUAGUUUAGCUCCUCUUGUAGGGUAAUGGUUUGCUAGUUUAUAACUAACCGAACUACCUGGUCAGACAACAUAUAUCUAAAACACUUAAAACAUUAGAAAAUUUGGAAAUGUUAUAACCUAACAUUUUGGUGAUGAUUUUUGUUAUUUAUAGAACUGAUAUUUGUGUAUUUAACAUAUUUCUGGAAAUAUAUGCCUUUCUUAAAACUGUUAACGUAACAUUGCAUUUAAUACCAUACCAUGUCCUAUCUGUAGAACUGAAUAUUUUGGACCAGGUUACCUGUGGCACAGUCAGUACUGUGUUCGGGAUAAAUGUGGUAACAUUUAGUUUUCUACUUUGUUUUGUAUAAGGUAGAAACCAUAUGUAUGUUAUGUGUAUCUAUAAAAGGAAAAAUACACACUAAUAUUAAAAUAAUUUCUAUGACUGUGAAUCAUUCAUUUGUUUUUCCCUUAAUUGAUACUGUACAUUCCUAGUGUUACAUAUGUAUAUAACUUUUACACUGCUCAGCUGAAAAUUAUAAAUAUUCCUUUUGAUUAGGACUCUUUAAUCUCAUUUCAUUGUGCUUCUUUUGAAUGAACUAUUGUUUAUUUAUUCUUAUAUUAACCAUCUAAGCCAUUUGACAUGACAUGUAUACUAAUAAAGAAUCGAACAUUUGUA